UCCAAGAAAGAGAACAGUGGGCUGGGCCCUGAGAACCUGUCUGGGAUGCCCUCAUGAAGGCUGCACUACCGUUCCGGUGGGUGCUGGUUGCUGAUCAUGGAGUCUAAGAUUGGUGCCGGCCUGACUGGUUCCUGGAGACCUGGUUAGAAGUCCCUCAGGGAGAGAGGCUGUACCAUCAUCUUGGAUGAAGAUGAGACGCUACAAGCUCUUUCUCAUGUUCUGUAUGGCUGGCCUGUGCCUCAUCUCCUUCCUGCACUUCUUUAAGACCUUAUCCUACGUCACAUUCCCCAGAGAACUGGCCUCUCUCAGCCCUAACCUCGUAUCCAGCUUCUUCUGGAACAAUGCCCCUGUCACUCCCCAGGCUAGCUCGGAGCCGGGUGGCCCCGACCUGUUGCGGACCCCACUCUACUCCCACUCCCCUUUGCUCCAGCCACAGUACCCCAGUAAGGCCACCGAGGAACUGCACCGCAUGGACUUCGUGUUGCCGGAGGACACCACCGAAUAUUUUGUGCGCACCAAAGCCGGCGGUGUCUGCUUCAAACCAGGUACCAGGAUGCUGGAGAAGCCUUCUUCAGGGCGGACAGAGGAGAAGCCGGAGGUGGCUGAGGGCUCCUCGGCUCGGGGUCCUGCUCGGAGGCCUAUGCGGCAUGUGUUGAGUGCUCGGGAGCGCCAGGGCAGCCGGGGCACUAGGCGCAAGUGGGUUGAGUGUGUGUGCUUGCCAGGCUGGCACGGGCCCAGCUGCGGGGUACCUACUGUGGUGCAGUAUUCUAACCUGCCCACCAAGGAGCGCCUGGUGCCCAGGGAGGUGCCUAGGCGAGUAAUCAACGCCAUCAACAUCAACCACGAAUUCGACCUGUUGGACGUUCGCUUCCACGAGCUGGGCGACGUGGUGGACGCCUUCGUGGUGUGUGAAUCCAACUUCACCGCCUAUGGGGAGCCUCGGCCACUAAAGUUCCGAGAGAUGCUGACCAAUGGCACCUUUGAGUACAUCCGCCAUAAGGUGCUCUACGUCUUCCUGGACCACUUCCCACCUGGUGGCCGUCAGGAUGGCUGGAUCGCAGAUGACUACCUGCGCACCUUUCUCACCCAGGAUGGUGUCUCCCGCCUGCGCAACCUGCGGCCCGAUGACGUUUUUAUCAUCGACGAUGCGGACGAGAUCCCCGCACGGGAUGGCGUGCUGUUCCUCAAGCUCUACGAUGGCUGGACAGAGCCCUUCGCCUUCCACAUGCGCAAGUCCCUGUAUGGCUUCUUUUGGAAGCAACCAGGCACCCUGGAGGUGGUGUCAGGCUGCACGAUUGACAUGUUGCAGGCGGUAUAUGGGUUGGACGGUAUCCGCCUACGCCGCCGCCAGUACUACACCAUGCCCAACUUCCGGCAGUACGAGAACCGCACUGGCCACAUCCUAGUGCAGUGGUCUCUUGGCAGCCCGUUGCACUUUGCGGGCUGGCACUGCUCCUGGUGCUUCACACCCGAGGGCAUCUACUUCAAGCUUGUGUCGGCCCAGAAUGGCGACUUCCCCCGCUGGGGUGACUAUGAGGACAAGAGGGACCUCAAUUACAUCCGCAGCUUGAUUCGCACGGGGGGAUGGUUUGACGGCACGCAGCAGGAGUAUCCUCCGGCAGACCCCAGCGAGCACAUGUAUGCUCCCAAAUACCUGCUCAAGAACUACGACCAGUUCCGCUACCUUCUGGAAAACCCCUACCGGGAGCCCAAGAGCACUGCGGAGGGUGGGCGCCGGAACCCGGCCUCUGAUGGAAAGUCACCUGCUGCCAGGGGCAAGUUGGAUGCAGAGGAGGGCUAGUACUGCGCAAUUUCACAGGGCUGAGCAGGCUGGGGUGUGUUAUCUUUGGCCUCCUAGUGUCCGUGGGGGCUCUUUGAGAGAGCCAGGAGUCCUUGUAGAUGGUUCUCU